UCCGCCUCUUUUGCGCUCCACACGGACUGUUUACCUGCAUGCAACCAAAGCCCGCUGCAACGUGAUUGGUCAAUACUCCCCGGACUACAGGCGGAAACCGGAACCUUCCUCUCCUGCAGACCCUGCAUCCAUGUGCAGAUGGUAGAAAACAGACGGAGGAGAAGAAAGAAGAUGAGAUGAGUUUGAAGUGUUUGCUGGCUAACCGAGAAGCCAACAUUUUGACAAAUGGAGGAUCGUACGUGUUAUUUAGCAGAAGAAAAAGCGACGGAGCGAAAAGAGGAAGAAGUGAAACUAAAUGUGGACAGACGACGGCAGAAAACAAUGAUCAACAUCGGUGCGGCCUUCCCCAAAUGGAAAUCUCUGAUGAGGGACAAAUGUUUUCAGAGUGACGCCGAAGUUGCCUGUUUUCUGCUGCACAGCUAUGAGAGAGGUUCUGCAGCAUCGACUCCCAUGAAGGAAACACCUGUUCAACUCACAGCUGCAGCAGUGUCUAGCAUCUGUGCUUCUGGAAGGAUGAACAGCUUACAAGACAUGAGCAUGGAGGACAAGCACAAUGUUUUCAAUAACCCCUUGAACAGUGUAAUUGAUUGGACAGAUGAAGGCUCUUCUUCUUUUCAUGAAAAAGAUGAUGGAGAUAAAGAUGACAGCUCUGAUGAAGAGGAUCUUCCACCCAUUUGUAUACGAAUGGGUGGAGCAUUAAAGAAAGCACCAUCGAUCGAUCGACUUCCAGUUAUUGGAACGGGCGAGGCAGCGCAUGACCAGCCUGCACGUGAAGACCCUCCUGAUGAGGCUUCUCCCUGUGAUCAGGACCCUGUUUUCCCAUCCCCACAGCAGGUCCUUUGUGAAGAUGACAUCGUUGGUGCCAGAGCUUCAAUAGUAUACGAGGACUGCUUGAGACAGCUGGCUACAUUUCUGAUCCUGCCUGUGAAAAAAUGUACAGGCCUUUUAAAGACUGGUGUGGUGUGUGACUGUGUUGCCCCCUUUGAGAUCAACAUCACUUCCAAGGGCACAGCAACGAGUGUCGAAUGGAUCUGUCCUAAUGGACACAGCUUGUGGAGGUGGAAUUCCCAGCCUGUAAUGAAGUGUGGGACGCAAGCUGGAGAUUUUCUCUUGUCCACCAACAUUUUGUUGUCUGGCAACGACUAUGCGAAGGUCGCCCUCUUGUUCAAGUUCAUGAACAUGGUGAUGGUGAAGAAGAACACCUUCGUGUCCAUUCAGGACGCUUACUGUGUGGACACAGUGAAGAGCUUCUGGGAAGAGAGGAGGACUGAGGCCCUCAGUGGCCUUCAGGGGAAAGAUGUUGUGGUCCUAGCGGAUGGCAGAAAUGACUCUCCAGGCCAUCGUGCACAUUCAUGCUGCUACGCCACCAUGGAGAAUGACACUAAGGAGAUCAUUCAUGUUGCCACCACCAACAAGCAGCAGACAUCCUGCAACUCUGUCGUCAUGGAGAAGGAGGGUUUUAUUGAGACUGUAGACAAGCUUACAUCAGAGAUAAAGCAAGAGGAGAUCUGCACAGGUGCUAAUGCCCAGAUCACAGCCCUUAUGAACCCAGAUGAAGGCAGAUACAAGGAUCUUGGAAUCCAUCACAGUCAGGACAUGUGGCAUGGUGCCAAGAACCUGGUCAAAAAAAUAGCUGCUGCACUGUGGCUUGGCAUCACUCACCAUGUCUGUGACAUUUACACCUGGACUAAUAGAAGGUGUCAACAUGGGUACCUGAAAGAAAGAAAGGCGUGGAUCCAGAGAGCCUUCAGGUGCCACAAAGCUUUAGUGGACAAUGUUCUCAAUGAGCGUUGGCUGAAGGAUGUGCAUAAAUACCUGCGCUUCAGUUUCAGAAGGCUGCACAAGAAAAACAGCAGAAGACACAGGUUAUAUGCCCUGAAAUCUGAAAAACCCUAUGCAUACAUCUCUGAGCUGCAAGCAAGGAUUGUAAAGAGGAGAAUCACAAUUGGAGUGGGGAUGCCUAGAAGGAAGACAGUGUUCCCUACAGAUGUCCAGCAGCUGUUGGUGAUUAAAGAAGAGGUUCCCUCUGAGUGGAGCCCCAGUCUGGACCAGGAGGACCCAGAGCUCCUACACAUAAAAGAAGAAAAGGAGGAACUCUGGAUCAGUCAGGAGGGAGAGCAGCUUAAUGGACUGGAGGUGGCUGAUAUCACCAGGUUCCCAUUCACUGCUGUUACUGUGAAGAGUGAAGAUGAGGAAGAGAAACCUCAGUCUCCACAGCUUCAUCAAAGCCAAACUGAGGACAACAGAGAGGCAGAGCCUUCAGCCAGCAGCUCAGCUACGCAGAUAAAAACAGAAACUGAUGGAGGAUCAGAACCUGCUGGGAACCUUGAUCCAGAUAGUCAUUUACAACCAGAUACUGAUGAAAAAGCUUCAGACUCUGAAGUCAGUGAAAAUGACUGGCAAGAACCUUUGUCAGAUUCUGAAGCUGAAAGUGAAGACAGUGGCAAUGGUUGGAAGGAGACCAGAGCACCUGAGUCAGGUGUAAAUGCUCUGAAAUAUAAGGAAGCUCCUGUAAGUGAUGCAGGAUGUAAUGCUGGGAAAGAAUCAUUUAGCUGCUUUGAAUGUGGUAAACAAUAUCAACACAAGGGGUCUCUUCAGAGACACAUGGUGUGUCAUUCAGGAAAAAGAUCCUCCAACCGUCUGGUUAAUAAGAAAUGUUUUAGAGUAAAGCAAAAUGUAGAUUCAGAGGUGAGAGUCCACACAGGAGAGAAACCAUUUGGCUGUGAUGUUUGUGGUAAGAAAUUUACACAACGGGGAAAUCUUAAGACACACAUGAGCGUGCACACAGGAGAGAAACCAUUUGGCUGUGAUGUUUGUGGUAAAAGAUUUUACCGGCAAACAAAUCUUAAAGAACACAUGAGAGUUCAUACAGGAGAGAAAUCAUUCGCCUGUGAUGUUUGUGGUAAAAGAUUUAACCAGCGGUCAAAUCUUAAAACACACAUGAGAGUGCACACUGGAGAGAGACCAUUUGGCUGUGAUGUUUGUGGUAAAAGAUUUAACCAGCAGAUACAUCUUAAGGAACACAUGAGAGUUCAUACAGGAGAGAAACCAUUUUGUUGUGAUGUUUGUAGAAAAAGAUUUAACCGGCAGUCACAUCUUAAGGAACACAUGAGAGUUCACACAGGAGAGAAACCAUUUUGCUGUGAUGUUUGUGGUAAAAGAUUUAACCAGCAGUCAAAUCUUAAGACACACAUGAGAGUUCACACAGGAUAGAAAUACAGCAGUUUUUAUUGUCUUUUAGGGUUUUGUUGUAUUUUGUGUUUGGCUUUCUCUUAUUUUAAAAUAUGUAUAAAAAAGUAUUCUGGUUAAAAUGCUGCCUACUAAAGCCAUCUACGUUUAAAAGUUAUUCAAAUAAAGUUUUUCUAUUU